AUGAACGCCCUUCGAACUCUGUUUCUCUUGGCCGCCGGCCUCUCUGUGGUUGUGUAUAACCAGAAUUCUAAUCCUUCCAGCUUGCUGUGGUCCAAGGGCACCAUCCAAAGGAGGGCAGUCCACCAGUUCAGAAAAGGUAUCAAGUGCCUGGUGCCAGACAGCUUGCCAGUUUUGGACUACGCUGACUACGGCUGCUACUGUGGAUAUGGCGGCUCUGGCACGCCUGUGGACGAGCUGGACAGGUGCAGGUGCUGCGAGAUGCACGACCAGUGUUUUGAUAACGCCAUGCAGCACGACGCAUGCUGGUCCAUCUUCGACAACCCUUACACCGAGAUCUACACCUACAGCUGCACCGUGUCCACUUUCUCAUCCUCAGAGAACAAUAAUGCACGUGCGACGUUCAUCUGCGAGUGUGACAGGAAGGCUGCCGAGUGUUUUGCCAAAUCGCCUUACAACGAUGAGAACAAGCACCUGCCCAGUGACCAAUGUCAGUCCCUGGGCAGUUAA